UGCAUGUUAAAGUGAUUAUAUUCUCUUUGGUUAAAAUCAAAAAUUGAAGAUUUUAGAUUUUCAUCAGCGUAAAAAGUACUCUGGAUUUUCAUGUUUUGAAUUUUCAUUUAGUUCCAAGGUAAUAAGGUUAGAAUAGAUUAUUUAUCAAUACAAGUUCUACAAGGAAGCUAUUAAUCAUUAACAUGAAUUCCGAAAUAAUCACAACUCCACCAUCAGUGUCUUGGGCGCAGAGAAAUUCCUAUGUGUUUUUAACUUUUAACGUAGAGUGUGAAAAACCGGAUAUCAAAAUAGAGAGAAAACUAGUGUCCUUUAAAGGUAUAUGUGCACCAGAACAGAAGUUAUAUGAAGUUGAAAUACCAUUGUAUGCAGAAAUAGAUCCAGAAAAGAGUAGUCAUUUGAAUAAAGGCAGAAUUAUUGAGGUUUUUUUGGCAAAGGAGCAACAAGAGGAAUCAUUCUGGCCCUCUUUGACAAGUGAUAGAAAGAAGCACCAUUGGCUUAGAGUGGAUUUUGACCGAUGGCAGGAUGAGGAAGAGAGUAGCGACGAGCAAAUGAAUGAUGAUUCUGACAACAUGUUCAACUCAAGACCUUUUGGAGAGGAUUAUGAGCUUAAUGACUCAAGUUCCAAUGAAGAGGAGGACUUGCCUGAUAUACAAUAACAGCAAGAAAUAGUCCAAUAGUAAAUGCUUAAUUAUACAAGGAAUUUUAGA